AUGAUUUGGUGUAUGAUUAUGUUAAUGGAUUUAUCCAAUGGUCAUUUACUGAUAAAAGAAGAAAAAUUUUUUCGGAAAUUAGUGAAUUCGAUUCAUGCCACAACAACAAAUGAUUUCAAUCUAUGUACAAUUCAUUCACAUCAAUUACAAUAUUUAUUAUAUACUACUUAUAAUACUACUAAUACUACUACUUUGACUAUUCAUGAUAAUAAUAUUCGAUCAGCAGCAGCAGCAGCAGCAGCAGAAGAAGCGUCGUCAGUAUCAUCAGCAGAAGGAUCAGGAUCAUCUACCAUGAUUAAUUUAAAUGAAGCAUUUUAUCCAAUAUUUCAUCAUUUAAUAAUACAAAACUGUUUAACACAAAAUUUCUUACAUGAUAUAUAUAGUUAUAUACAGAUUAUAAGGAAUUUCAAUCGUUGGCAUAGCAACAACCACAACAACUUCAACAAUCAUGAUACCAGGAAACAAUUAGAAGUCUAUUUAUCUGAUUUAUUACAAUUAAAUCAACCAAUUGAAUUUUAUAAUAUGAAAUUAUUUUUAAUAAUUUCAUCACUAUGA